AUGGAUACCACCUACCAGGAUAUAGAUACCACCUACCAGGACAUACAAACCACCUACCAGGACAUAGAUACCACCUACCAGCACAUAGAUACCACCUACCAGCACAUAGAUACCACCUACCAGGACAUAGAUACCACCUACCAGGAUAUAGAUACCACCUACCAGGACAUACACCUACCAAGCGGCAUCCACCAAGCCCUCAAACCUGAGCCUCAUGCCGAGCAGAGCAGCUUCAGCCCAUUAGCUUUGUUCUCCGUUCCCACUACACACGAAUCAGAGCGAGAGAAAAGAGAUAGAUAA